AUGCUUCCAUUUUCAGGAUUCCCAUGGUAUGUAUGCAUUUUAACAACAGGAUCAAAUCUUUUAUGGCUCUACAUUCAGAAAAGCGGAUUUCCUUUUAUUACACUCGAAUUUCCACCACUUGUAAUUGCUUUCAUAUGCACAAUAUUUGAUCAUUUCUUACUUGUUUUACAUUUCCUUCACGGAGAUGAAUCAUUUUGGUUGAUUGUAAAUUACUUUAUCAUUUUCGUUUGGAUCCUUCCAAUUUUAAUAUUGUCAUCACUAUGCGCUCUUGACGAGGAUCAAGUUGAAAAGCCAGAAGAAAAACAGCAACAACAACAAACAACAGAACAAAAACAAACAAAUAAGAACGUCUUAGGAAAGUUUAUUGGCAGGAUGCUCAAGAAAGCCGAGGAAUCUCUUCCAUAUUCCGUAAACAAAGAUGAUUAA